AUGAUUGAACUGAUGGUCUACGUUAAAGAUAUCGUUGCCUACAGGGAUGAUUAUUUGUCCAUGCAAAAGGCUAAUCCAGCUAUGCCAUAUCCAGCUGAAAUGCCCCGUGCCGUACUUGCUGCUAUAAUGGGAGAUAAAAGUAAAUUUACUACUCUAUUUUCCACCAUCCCAGCCACUGAAGUCGAUUUUAUGGUUACCGGUGUUCCAUGGUAUUCAACUAGAUUAAGCUCUCUUAUCGCUGCUGCACUUUCUUCUGAAGGUGUUGUUAUUGAAGUGCCAACCCCAUCUUCAAUUAUCACAAGUACUGCUGCUCCUUCAUCAUCAAUUUUAACUUCCUCUGCUGCAUCCUCUGUUGCCAGCUCUUCUGUUGUCGGCUCUUCUGCUGUAUCCCCUGUCGUCAGUUCUUCUGUUGCCAGUUCUUCUGUUGCAUCCUCUGUUGUCUCCUCAGUUCAAAGCUCUGUAGCUGCCAGCUCUUCUGUUGUAUCUUCAGGCGCAUCCUCUGUUGAAAGCUCUGUAGCUGCUACCUCCUCUGCUGCAUCCUCUGUUGAAAGAUCUGUAGCUGCUACCUCCUCUGCUGCAUCCUCUAUUGCUAGCUCCUCCUCUUCCAAUUCCUCAUUUGUUAGCUCCUCAUCAGUUGUUUCCCCUAUUGUAAGCUCUUCUGCUAACAUCAUCUCUACUCCAGUAACUUCUAGUGCAUCCUCGAAGUUCUCUAACUCCACUGUUGCUGCCACUUCCACUCCUGCUACCGCCAAGGAUGUCACUCGUACCACUAACAUCAACCUAACCACCUUGAAGACCAUCACUCAUUGUGAUGAUGUUUGUACCAAGUCCAUCUACGCUUCCGCCGCUGCUAACAGUGCAAGUGUCAUAACUGUUACCAGCGAAGGUACUACUUACUUGACCGUUACUUACUGUCCAUUGACUGCUACACCAACCGAAAAUACUGUCACUUUGUCCACCGGUGCCACAACUUUGGUUACUGUCACUCAAUGUGACGAAGUUUGCUCUCAAUCUAAGGCUUCUGUUGCCUCUGCAUCUGCUGCUCAAGCUGCUACCACUACCACUACCGCUAAGGUAACAAAGGCUUCUUCUGCUGCUCAAACUUCCAAGACUAACGCUGUCGAAACUGUUUCUCCAAGUGCAGGUAAGGCCACCACUGUUUCCAGUGUUGCUCAAUUCACUUCAAGUGCAUCUUCCCCAGCCAUUGCUGAACAAACCGCUAAUGGUGCUAUGAAGAGAGUUGCUGGCCUAGGUGCUGGUGUUGUCGGUGCUGCUAUGCUAUUAUUGUAA